AGUUCAAAAAACAGUAUUAGUGGAAAGACAACGUUGAAAAUGGCGCAAUUUUUUAGUAUAUGCCUGCUAAUAGCAAUAGUGGUCAGUGUUCACGGAUUUACGAAAUACGGACGUGACUGCCGGGAUAUUUCGUGUGCUCCCGGUCAUCAGUGCAUUAUAUCCAGAGAGCCCUGUACAGGUUCUAGUCAACUUGAAAACGCUCAAUGCGGGAAGUAUCCAACUUGUGUAAUGCAGAAGCAAUACUCCUUUACUUCAGGCGAAUCCCGGAUGCGUGGAAAACGUCAGGCAAACCAGCCAGGAUAUGGAAUGGGUGGCAGUGGAAUGGGCCGACCCAAUGGAAUGAAUAACGGAAGAAACGGUGGAAAUGGAAUGGGUGGUCAGUAUGGAAACGGAAUGGGUGGACAGAAUGGAAAAGGAAUGGGUGGUCAGUAUGGAAACGGAAUGGGUCCACAGAACGGAAAUGGUAUGGGUGGCAAUGGAAUGCGCGGGAACGGAAUGGGACCAGGUGGAAUGGACGGUCGGGGCGGAUACGGCAAUGGAAUGGGACAAGGAGGAAUGGGUGGUAAUGGAAUGGGUCCCGGUGGUAUGGGCGGAAAUGGAAUGGGUGGCAGAGGAGGAUAUGGAAACGGUAUGGGUGGAAAUGGAAGGGGUCCUGGAGGAAUGGGUGGUAAUGGAAUGGGUCCUGGGGGAAUGGGUGGUAACGGCAUGGGUCCCGGAGGAAUGGGUGGUAAUGGAAUGGGUCCUGGAGGAAUGGGUGGCUAUAACGGUCGAGGCGUACCAAACGGAAUGGGUGGACCGAAUGGAAUGGGAGGCGGUCCAAACAGAAUGGGUGGACCACCCGGCAGGCCAAAUGGAAUGGGUGGACCACCCGGUAGGCCAAAUGGAAUGGGUGGACCACCCGGCAGGCCAAAUGGAAUGGGUGGACCACCUGGUGGUCCAAACGGAAUGGGACCAGGCAACUGGCAAGGAAAUAACAAUUGGGGAAAUGGAAAUAAUGGCAAUGGUAGCAGCCGAAAUAGGGGCAAUAGUUCUAAUCAGAACUACAGCACUACUUCUGCUACAACAACGGAUGGCUGGUUUUAA